CCGGUCUGACGUCACACGCCGCGUUGCGGGCCGCUGCGGUCAUCUGCAGCCGAGAAAUGGGGUGACUCGCGCCCACAAUCGGCAGCAGUUCUUGAGACCCUCACUUCCAUUAAAGGUCUGUCUACAUCUGGAAUUUUAAUAUGGAUGGAGAACUGAGAAGGAAUUAUGAGGGCUAUAUUCCCAGUUAAAAAAGUAUUGAGCCAGUGAAGCAUUCGUCUAGUGAGCGGUAAGAUACUUUUUUUUGGACACCAAGUAGAUUACAAAUAUAAUGUACUGUAUCUGGUAUGUAAACGGAUAAACCAGUAGCGGGGGAGGAAGACACUGAAAUUCGCCUCUCUUUCACCCCGGCUCAGACCGGCCGGGCCGAGGUGCAGGUGCGGCCUUCAAUGACGUCACCCAGCCCCGCCGGAGUGACGUCAGCAGUUCGGCUGCCAUGUCGGACCUGGGUUCGGCGAUCUCGGCGCUGGUGUUCGGGGCGGUUUUCCUCCUUUUCCUCGAGGUGCUCAGGCUCCGGUUCCCCAGGCACCGCAGGCCCCCCGGCCCCACGCCCUGCCCCUUCAUCGGGAACCUGCCGCAGCUUCUCCUACAGCCGCUGGAGACUUUCACACAGGUAGGAUCCGCGGACAGGACCUGUCGCCGGCUCGCACACGGACCGCACCUGCAUGCUUCGCUGGAGGAUUAUGAACGAUUCGCUGAGACGCUAAUCAAAGCGGAGUUUCGAGACCCUUCCAGAGCCUGUCGUAUCUUCUCAGGACAGCCUUACAAUCCCCAGUUCCUCUUCCACAACGCGGCCUCCAACAUCAUCUGCUCCAUUGUGUUUGGCAACCGCUUCGAUUACAGCGACGAGGCGUUUGUGCGUUUGCUGCGCAUCAUGAAUAACAACGCCUACCUGACGGGAUCACCCAUAGCCCAGCUCUUCAACUUGGCUCCCUUCAUCAAGCACUUUCCCGGACCCCAUCAGAAGAUCCAGCAGAACGCCAGGGAGGUGCUGGAGUUUGUGGGGGAGGCUGUGAAGCAGCACCGUGACACCCUGGACAGGGACAACCUGCGAGACUUCAUCGACGCCUACAUCGUGGAGAUGGAGAGGCAAAGGUCCAACCCAGAGUCCACGUUCUUCGAGGAGAACCUGAUCAUGACCAUCGCGGACCUGUUCAUCGCAGGAACGGACACCACGUCCACCACUCUGAGAUGGGGCCUGGUGUACCUGAUGGAGUUCCCUGAUGUUCAAGAAAGAUGCCACCAGGAGAUUGUGAGGGUCGCUGGUUACGACAGGCUGCCCUCGGUGGAGGACAGAGCUAAGAUGCCGUACGUGGAAGCCACCAUCAGCGAGAUCCAGCGCUGUGCCAACAUCGCCGCCUUUGGCAUGCCACACGCCGUCACCAGAGACACCAGCCUGCACGGGUACUUCCUCCCCAAGGGUACCCAUGUGAUCCCCAACAUGAGCUCCAUCCUCAGCGACAAGGCGCAGUGGAAAUUUCCCCAUCACUUCAAUCCGGACAACUUCCUGGAUGCCGAAGGACAUUUUGAACGACCAGAAGCCUUCAUCCCCUUCUCUGCGGGUCAGAGGGCGUGUCUCGGCGAGAAGCUGGCCAGAAUGGAGCUCUUCCUCUUCUUCACCUCUCUGCUGCAGCGCCUCAAGUUCAUGUGGCCCCCUGGGGCCGGACCUGCGGAUUUAAAGGGGACUGUGGGGUUUGUCCGCUCUCCACACCCCUUUCACAUGAUCUGCCAGAGUCGGGACCCCGCCAGCCCCUCCACCUGAGUCCUGUUUAGGCUUGUUUGAACAGCAGAGCAGAGUCUGUCAAAAAUAAGAACAUACGCACACAAGAACACAAUGAAGUGCAUAAAGAGCCAAAGAAAGUUUUAACAACCCUCAUGUAAUGUUCACGGUGCCAUUAUUAUAGUUGAUGAACAUAAGAAACAUUCUAAACAAGAGGAGGCUAUUCUGGCCAUUUGGUAAUUAGUAGUUAAUUGAUCCAUGGAUCUUGUCCUGCCGUUCCCUAAAAGGUUUCAGUAACAUGACUGGGUAGCUUGUUCCACACUCCCACAAUACUUUGUGUAAAGAAGUCAGGUGAGUCUUGUCCAGCUGUUUCCUGAAAGACGCCACAGUUCGACAGCUUGUUCCACACCCCAGCAAUAACAUUUCCAUGUACUGGGACAGUUUCUUGAGAGACUCCUGUAGCUUCCUUUCCAUUUUUAACACGCUGGCAAUUCAUGUUUGUAGUGAAAGGCUCGUCCCAUUCAGGGAGAUUUGAGUUGUAUUUGUUUCUCCUGGGACCACUGUUCAGGAUCCUAUUUGAAAUCUUCUUGCCUCAUCUCUAAUGAUGUUGACACUUCAUAAACUUUAUUACAUCGGACAUGAUUAUGCUGAAUCAGGUGUUUUGUUCAUUGAUUGUUUUUUCAGUUGUUUUGGAAAAUGAGUACCAGGAUUAAAAUAAAUGGUAUGCAGUUUAUUACCCCGUGUGAAAUCAAUAGCUGUGAUUUGAAAUCAGGUAUAGAAUCAGGUCAUUAUGUGAGAAGGCUAACUCCACAUUCAACACAAAAUGAAGCCCCUGUCAACCUCUAUCAAUAAAACUUAAUAUUUUGGAAGAA